AUGUCUUCCUCCUCUGGAACUCCAGAAUCCUGGAUCUCUUCUUUCUGCGCAUUAUUGGGACAUGAAUACUUUGCAGAGAUAUCGGAGGAAUUCAUAGAAGAUGACUUCAAUUUGACAGGUUUACAAACACAAGUAGCUAUGUAUAAGGAAGCACUCGAGAUGAUCUUAGAUGUCGAGCCAGAAGAGGAUGAGGACGAAGAUGACGAAGAGGAGGAUGAGGAUGAGGAUGCAUCUAUUGAGGGCGAGGAUCGAUCAGGACGUAAAGCUGCAGCCGAAAGAAGACAUCAACGAAUGGCAAGCGAUCUAUCAAUUAUAGAAUCCUCCGCAGAGAUGCUCUAUGGUCUUAUCCAUCAACGAUUUAUCUGUUCUCGAGCUGGUAUACAACAAAUGUCCGAGAAGUACGACCUUGCCCAUUUUGGUGUCUGUCCACGAACACAUUGCGAACAAGUCCGCACUUUGCCCGUAGGAUUAUCUGAUGUACCAGGCGAAGAUACCGUCAAAUUGUUCUGUCCCUCCUGUCUCGAUGUAUACGUUCCUCCGAAUUCCCGAUUCCAAACAGUCGAUGGUGCCUACUUUGGACGAACUUUUGGGGCGCUCUUUCUACUCACAUUCCCCGACUACGAUAUUAGUAAGAAGGGAUUAGAAGCAUUAAGUGGGCAUGGAGGCAGAAGUUUACAACAUUCCAACGAUGAAGAAAAGGAAAAGAUCAACGGUAUGAAUGCAUCAAACCUUGCACCUGGUCUCGGCAAAGGCAAAGUCUACGAACCCAAAAUUUACGGAUUCAAAGUUUCGGAGAGAGCACGAAGUGGUCCUCGAAUGGGCUGGUUGAGGAAACGACCAGAUGAGGUUAGAGAGUUGGACGAAGCGACCGCAUAUGCGCUAGAGCAUGCUGAGGAUAGUGAUGAGGGUAUCGACGUUGCACCUGGUGGCGCCAGUGCGAGUGCUCGACUCAAGCCACGGAGGAGGAAUCCAAGAGCAGUGACAAACAAUGGAGGUAGCCCUAUGAGCGUAGAAGCCAACGGAGAGAUUUUUUCGUAGCAUGAUUCUUGAUUGAAAAGAUUGAGGGGUGGACGGAGGGGCGUUUAGGUGCUUUUAAUCGUCGCGGCGAUGGAUGAAUGAUACAGUAGAUGGUUUGGCUUUUAUGAUUAUCAUAUGGCUUGUGUUUGCAAAUCAACUCAGAGACAUAUAUUGGCGGAUUCGAGCGCAUGCGGUUGCUUGCUUAAUUGUUUAUUACAUGUGUAAUGAGCGAGCGCGAGAGAAAUGCAUCUAUUUUUGCAUAUGGGUGGUUUACUCUGGUUCGGUUGAAUGGGUGAUUGUGAGACAUAAUUUGAGUGGUGGCUAUGGGAGAGUAUUAUGGUCGGGUGUUGGGGGGGGAGGACUGAAGUGGAGGGAAAAGAUAAAAGCGUUGCAAGGAAUGAAAGAGUAUAUUUGCUAUAGGAAUGAAAUGGGAUGGUUGUACCUAUGUCAAGAAACUAAAGAUGAGAUCAGAUAAAUAGUUGAUAUUCAUGAUGAUUUUAUCUCGUGCUUCGGAUUUCGUUGUGCUUCCUUGCAUCUCUCGCCUCGCUUAUGAUUCGUCCUGCUCAUUUUGCUCACUUGGAAGUUGGUGCACUGUGAGUACAAACUGGAGAAUGUGUAGUUCAUUACUCAUAUUAUUGCUUAUUGUAAUUAUGUUGAGAAAGCUUAAGUAG